GCAGACCAGAGUCAGAUUGUGCAUACUGGUGAAUCAUUCAGUGAAGACACACCCCUCAUUUUGCACAAGGCCCUUACUCAGAACAGGAACAGGAAGUACACUCCUGUUUGUGUGCUGGUGUUUCUGUCAUGUGCGAAAGUGCUGUAGAAACUUGGAGGCCAAAGCUGAUCCUGUCAUUAUUCCUUGUGAAUGGCAUUUAUUAGUAGGACAUAUACAGCUGCUCCAGCUACAGAAACUUCUUCAUUUCAGACUGUUCUCUAGUAGGACAGAAGACCAGAUCAUGUCCCCUCCGGAGCCCAAAACCAGAGACGAUUUUCUACAAUAUGCCUGUCAGCUCAUGCUGGAUCCCAACACAGCUAACAAACACCUCAGUCUAUCUGACAGGAACAGAGCGGUGACCUGUAGUCAAACAGUCCAGUCAUAUCCUGAUCAUCCUGACAGAUUUGAAACUGUAUAUCAAGUGCUGUGUAGAGAGAGUGUGUGUGGACGGUGUUACUGGGAAGUUGAGUGGAGCGGAUUUGCUGGAGUUGAAAUAACCGUGUCAUAUAAAAGCAUUAGCAGGAAGGGAACAGGUAAAGAAUGUGAGUUUGGGAACAACAAUCAGUCUUGGAGUUUAUACUGCUCUCCAUUAAGAUGUUCAUUCUGGCACAAUGACAAACAAACUAAAAUCUCCAAAAGACACAGCGCCUCUAGAAUAGGAGUGCAUGUGGAUUUCAGGGCAGGAUCUCUAUCCUACUACAGCAUCUCUGACACGAUGAAGCUCCUCCACAGAGUCCAAACUACAUUCACUCAGCCUCUCUACCCAGGGUUUUACGUUUUCUCUGGAUCAAAAGUAAAGCUUUUGCAACCCACACUCUAAAAAGUGAUUCUGGCCUUAUGUAGCACUUACAUAUUGGUGUAGUGUCCAUGUUAUUAAAAUAAAUUAUGCUUGUAAAUAAACAUUUUUAUUUAGCAUAAGUUUAACAUAAACCUACAAUUAUUUACCUACCUAUUUACUUUUUGUUGAACUUGCAUUUUUUACUUAAGUGGAAAUUCUGCACUUAAUAAAAUUUACUGAAUUUACAUUGUAGAUCUUCUGUUUAAUUCUACUGUAUAAUAAUAAUAAUAAUUGUAUACUGUAAUCCA